AUGACCAUCCCCCACUACGGCGUAUGGGCCUGCCAGCCUACGAGUUACACGGCUCAAACCGAAAAGCAAGACCCCAAGUCUCCUCAUAUCUACCUGCACUUCACAGAUGAUACAUCUUCCACCAAGAGCCUUGAGGCUGCCAUCAAUGUCAAAUCCAUCGACAAGGACACCCGGCUUGUCUUUUGGGUGAAUCGUAACUUCCAGCACCCUGUGACCGAGACCCUCUCUGCUCUCGAUCUGGGAUUCCACCUCACUUCUCCACCGAGUGAUGCAGCCCAUCAGAACGACAAUUCAAACUCCCAGGGUCAGGGUCAGGACCAGAACCAACACCACAAUCACAAUCACAACCAUGGUCAUGGUCAUGGUCAUGGUCAUGGUCAUGGCUACAGCCACGGCCGGAGCAACCGAGGACAGCCCGUCCGUCGACAACAAUCAACCCUGCAGGGUCUGGACUUUGUCCGCACCCAAGAUCUCCUCAAUCUAUCGUCGGGACAAGUACUCCCCCACGACAUCCCAGGCCCGAACAACGAUAUCCUGGACCACCUCGACCCCAUUCUUACCGACGCGAUCAACCAAAAGGCCACCGGUUAUAUCUUUGGCUCGUCUUAUGGCUCGGGGAUCCACGAUGUGCAUAUGAACCAGGGCAGCCUGCCCCGGUUUGAGAAUGGGAUCUAUGAAGAUGGUGCCCUGAUCUUCAAGUUUGAUGAUGGUCACUGGGAGGCGGUCUUCCUUGCGUUUGCCUCGCAAAAGGUACCUACUGAUGACCGGGGCGAGGCGUUGUCGGAUAGUAAGUCGUUGGCGGAUAUUUUGGGCCAGGGAAGGAAUUGA